AGGUGUUUGGAGGAGUUGGGGUCAAAAAUCAGUGAGUGGAUCCUUGAGCCGCCGACGAACGCCGAGGUCAAAAUCCCGAGCGAAGAGAAAGGCGUGACAGGAGAGAUGGCGGCGGCCGCACUACGUCCGGCGAUCCUCCGCCACAUCCGGCUCUCCCCCGCCACGGCGGCCCCUCUCGCCGCCGCCGGCCGGCCCCUCACCCUGGCGCCGUGGCUCGCGCGGCCAAUGUCCUCCCACGACGCCCACCUCACCCGCGACGAGGUCGUCGGCCGCGUCCUCGACGUCCUCAAGUGCCACCCCAAGGUCGACCCCUCCAAGGUGACCCCCGAGGCGCACUUCGAGAAGGAUCUGGGGCUGGACAGCCUGGACACGGUGGAGGUGGUGAUGGCGAUCGAGGAGGAGUUCAAGCUCGAGAUCCCCGACCUGGAGGCUGACAAGAUUAACUCGCUUCCGCUCGCCAUCGAGUACGUCGCCAACCACCCCAUGGCCGGCUGAGCGCCCGCCCUUCCCAUUGCCGACCGCGCCGGGGUGAGGCCUUUUCUUGUUUCUGUUUCGGGGCGAUGAAUAAUUGACUGGAGUUGUUCAGGAAAACUGGUCCCUGGUGCUCCGCAUUGUGGCGGUCGCUGUUGAUCUUGGAUGCAACUGUAACAUUCUGCAGUAUCAGCUGAUGAACUAGCCUUGUUGGCCGCACGCUUGUUUUUUGUUGUAGUAUACCUGUUUAAUCUAAAUUGGAAUCUACUCAUGUUUUUUGUUUA